AUCUUCACUUCUGUCGUUCCCAAUAUUUACUGAGCAUACUUUCUACCAUACCCAAGAUGCCCGACGUAACAGUAAUCAAUAACCUUAGUGAAGAAAUUCAUGUUGCUUUCUUCGUAGGCGUCCCCACCAAUUGGAAAAAUCACCUCAAGCCCGGAGAACGUUGGACAACGCACCUAGCCAGCCUCCCGCUUCACUUUGAAGCACGCUCUGUGACCGGGAAUCGCGAGUUCAGCCACAACGAAUCCAUGGAGAUGUUUGCAACCAUCGGAGGCGCUUGCGCUGCUGGUACUGCUUCGGUAGUUUCAGCAGGUGCAUUGUUUGCCGGAGACAUGCUUGCUGGCAUACCCGUGGUUUCGGUGCCACUUAUGGCUGCUGCGAGUGCUGGUGAAUUUCGAGGUAUUUUUUGAAUGUCAUGAUGUUGAUGUUGUCCUUUGACUCCAGGUGGUACGAAAUAUGGUGAGUGGGGUGCAGAUGUGAGGAAGUGCACUGCGAGGGUGUGGGUGCCGCUGUGGGACCAACCGCAGUAUUCUGUUAGAAUGGUUGAUGGGAGGUGUGUUCUGUGGGAUGUCGAUGCUGAUAGAGUGGUCUGAUAGCUAUGGCUGACGAGCUGUAUGACUGACUCUCAUGAUGCACGUUCCAUUUGUACGUCAUUGUCAUUGUACAUAUCAGUAGCUAGCCAGGUCCAGGGCCUGCAUGAUAAACUACGCCAACGUCCUGUUGAUGAUUCUGUAGUAGAGUUUAGUAACGCCUAUUGUAUAAAUUUGGCUCUUACGGAGAUAAUCUUGGAUG